GUGUGUGGUGUGGUGGUGGGGGAAACUUUAAUCCAACCCAGCCCACAUCAUGACUUUUCCAAAUUGUACCAUCUUCAGUGAACCGAGUUAUCAUGCAUAAAGUAUUCUAUAGCUUUUGAGGUGUGUGUGGAUAAUUGUUUUGCCUUCGGAUGGACAAAGGAGAAGGGUCCUCUUUUAGCAGAGCUCCACCCUGAGGCCUGAUCCGUGGGGAUUACGGCUCUACCUCUCCAGCUCUGCCCGGCCACAGAGAGCCAAAGAUAGCCGGGCUGGAGAAUGUUUGGUUGGAUAAAUCAUAUGGUUUGAUCUCGCCUUGCAGAUAUAAACACGUUUGUAGCUUCAUCAAUACUCAUCAAUACUUUAUACAGAUGUCAUCACUGUUCUGUUCGGAACAUUGUCUGAAGUCACUCGGCCUGAAGAAGUUAGCAGACUGACAAAAAUAUAAGGCCUGUCUGUUUUCGGGUUGAGGGAAUGUCGGCAUAGCAAAUCAUUGAGUUUAUAGGCCAACAGAAUAAAUCGAGUCUGAUUGGACACUGAACGUUUUUAGCCCUUAAACACAUAUGUUUGCUGUCAUAGGUUAACGAUCCUGUUAUGAAUAAAACAAUAAUAAUUAAGUAAAGUGACACGUUCACAGGGUCAGGGGGAAUCAUGUAUAGGGCUAUCAAAAAUUAUGCAGAAAUUGAUACAAUGAUUUGUAGACUCAUCGAUCCAUUCUCCAAUAAUUUCUUAAAUUGACGUACCCUGAAUUAAGCAAUGACGCGUAAAAAUAAGGUAUUUUUUUUGUCGUGCAAUAGAUAUUUAAAUGAUGUGAUGAUGUGGAAAAGAUGCAUGUGCCCCAUCGGAUCAACCCAAAGGGCAAUUAAAAAAUGUGACAAAGUAGACUGAAUGUUUUGUAUUUAACCCGUUACCAAACCUAUAGUCUACAACCCAUAGCCUAAUUUCACUGAUAUUGUAGGCUAAAGACCCUCGAAUCAUUAUUGUGUGUAACAAGGUAAAUUAGGCCUACUGUGAAUUUCAUUUGUGUAAUUUCAGGGUAUGGGGAAACCUACAGCGCAUCUGUUUUUUUUAUACAAGCCAACAUUUUAUACAACCUUAAAGAAUGAAUCAAAAUACAAAAAAUAUAUAUUAUUUUAUGUGAAACCCAAAAAUGUAUAUUUAGUAUUUGUUCAUGGUCCGUGCUAUUCCCCUGUGCUCUAUAUGAACCUCCCUAUUGCAGCUCGGUAUUUUCUUGCUCUGGAUAGCGUUUUAAGUUCGACAUUUUUAAACCACGCAUUACACAUUGUUUGCUUAUAUAAGCUAAACGUUUGGGCUGCUCUUUCGUUUUGUGUUGCAGUUCUGUAGCCUAUUUAACAUCGAUAUUCCUAUCAGCUGCUACAGGCUAUUCAGAAGUUGUGGCUACUGUUGCCUGCGUUUCUCCGGCCCAUUGUGAGAGGAGCCCCCUCGGUCCCUCUCUUCUCUUCUCUCCCUCUGAGCUCAGCCGGUCAGGCCGGUGGACUGCAGAUGACUCACGCCCCAGAGCGGCACAUCAGCGUUCUGCACCUCAGCGAGCUGCAUGGAAGCUCGAUAAUACCGGGGGAAUACCGCGACCAGAGAGACCCGACUGUCAGACUAGCCUCCUGCCUUUCACGGGGCGCACAUUCAUCACUCGGGCGGAUAGAUAUGUUUGUUGUAAUGUGCACGUGUGCUUUUGGCGAAGACAUGGCUGCGCAGAUGGAGGAGAUUGGCGGAUUAGAGCGAGUGGAAGAUGGUCUCCGGCGAGCUGUGCCUGGCAGCGGACAACGACUUUUUGGCAAAUAAUAUGAAGGAGAUGAUUGGAGGUUGCUGCGUGUGCUCAGACGAGAGAGGCUGGGCAGAAAACCCUCUCGUCUACUGUGACGGUCACGGCUGCAAUGUUGCAGUCCAUCAAGCGUGCUAUGGCAUCGUGCAGGUGCCCACUGGACCCUGGUUCUGCAGGAAGUGUGAAUCUCAGGAGAGAGCAGCCAGAGUGAGGUGUGAGCUUUGCCCCCACAAAGACGGCGCCCUCAAGAGGACUGAUAACGGAGGUUGGGCCCAUGUGGUGUGUGCCCUCUACAUCCCAGAAGUGGAGUUUGCUAAUGUCUCCACCAUGGAACCCAUCGUACUGCAGUCUGUACCCCACGAUCGCUACAACAAGAAGUGUUAUAUCUGUGAGGACCAGGGCAGAGAGAGUAAAGCUGCCACCGGAGCCUGCAUGACCUGUAACAAACAUGGCUGCCGACAAGCCUUCCAUGUCACAUGUGCCCAGUUUGCUGGGUUGUUGUGUGAGGAGCAAGGGUCGGACGCAGACAACGUCAAAUACUGUGGCUACUGCAAGUACCACUACAGCAAACUGCGAAGGAGCAGGGCCCGAGGUAGUAGGGCUCAGAGCCUUAGUGACUCUUCCUCUCAGUGUUCGGAUAAACUCCUUGACCACCAAGACGACAAGAAACACAAAGAGAGGGAGAGACACAAACCCAAACACAAGAAGACUCUAGAGCUCUCCCCUUCCCUCGCUUCAACUCUCAUGCUUGCCUCAGACAAGAGUUACAACAGUAGCAGCAGCAGCAGUGGUGGGGUAGUCUCCGCUAUGCCUGCCGCCUCUCAAAAGCGAUUGGAUGACAGCGCAGCCCGUUUCACCACCGCCAACUUCCAGGAAGUGCCGGUGCACUCCGGGGGUUUAAAGGACAGCCCCCCCACAGGGUCAGAAGGCAAACCGGGGUCGGAGGUCAAACAGGGCAAGAAGAGCAUUAGCCAAGGGAUUGGUGUUCAGCGCGGACGCAAGUCCCUCACACCUGGGAAGCCCCUCCCCUCUGCUGUGGUCACUACGGCAACCUCCUCCACUGCCGCCUCCUCCACUGGAACCUUUCAUCAAGCUCUCCUGCUGUCCAAUAAGACGUCUUCCACCUUGACUCCUCCCACAUCUGACUUCCUGGGCUUCUCUGAUCCGUUGCUACGUUCCGGUGGUGGGGACUCCUUUUCUUCGCCCUCAUUCAGCCGUUGCCUAGUGAAGCCCAGUGAGGUCACGGCCUCGGAGGGCAUGGCUUCGCUCAGCACGUUCGGAUCAAUGAUGUCACUUCCUGGUGGCGUAGCUGGCGGUAAACUGUACGAGAACUCUCACAGCGAGCUGACGGGUAACGUUGCUUCCACAGCCGGCUACAAACGCCCCUCAUCAUCCUCCUCUUCCUCUGCUGGCUCCUCCUCUGGGCCAAGUAUGGGGGAAGGAGGAGAAGAAGGGGUGAAGAAGAAGAGAGGAAACUGGAGGAACCGAUACGGUCCCUGCUUCAGUGUCCCGGACGGCAAGGCUACAGACGGACCUGAACACCACACAGCACCACUACCUCUCCCCUCCUCUUCUCUCUGCUCCACCUCAUCCGCCUCGCCGUCCCCCUCCUCUACCAGCGCUCUGCCAAGCCGGCCCGGAGGAGAGAGAGUAGGAGAGAGAGGAGGUCUGCUGGGUGUUGGUGUUAGCGUUGGGAUCCAGAAGUCUCCUUCUCUACUGAGGAACGGCAGUCUGCCGUGUCACGGAGUCACCUCUACUCCCUCUGGCACCGGUGCAUUCUCCAGUUGUGACGUGUCGUCAGGGAUGGGACCUGCUCCUAUGAGUGGAGCUAACUCUGAGUUGCAACAGCCGAUGGCCUCCCUAGCUCCUCCUAGUCCCUUCACUGCCACAGCCCCCAUGAUCAACACGGUCUCCCCCCAUGUGAGUGGGUUACCAGGUCCAGUGUUCAACAUGGCUCCCUCCCACAUGUUUGGAAACCGGCUCAACCCUAACUCUGCCAUGGCUGCCCUCAUCGCACAGUCUCAAGCUUCCCCCGCAGAUCAGGAGGUAGGAGAUGGAAACAGCAUUGCAGCUCCAGGCUUCUCCAGACGAGCCUCUCCCAAGACCACCCUCUGUCCGCGUUCUCCUCUAGGUGGGCUGCAGAUCCGGUAUGACCCAGGAGGUUCGUUGGGGUCAGGUUUGGGGGCGCUAGGGUCAGGUCAGGGAGGGGGAGACACAGUACCCCCGGUGGCCACCUCUAUAGAACAGCUGCUGGAGAGACAGUGGAGUGAUGGACAACAGUUCCUACUGCAGCAGGGAGCACAGGGAGAUGUGUUGGGGAUGUUGAAGUCCCUCCACCAGCUGCAGCAGGAGAACAGGCGUCUAGAGGACCAGAUUAAAACUCUGACCAUGAAGAAAGAACGACUGCAGCUCCUGUCAGCUCAGCUGUCUGUGCCUUUCACCCCUACUACUGCUGCCCAAGAUGUGAAGAGUGACUCCUCUCUACCCAUACCUGCUCAGGUAAGGCAGUUGAAGCUCCAGCACACAGAUAGCGUGUCAUGUGGUCGUAGUAGUGGUGGAUCUACCUCUUCUCUGUCCACCCCCCCCUCCGUCUCUCACAGCCCCCCCCAGCCUCAUCAGCUCAACGGGGUUGCCAUGGGAACCAUGAUGCUGGGAGGUGGAGCCGGGCCAGGGAUGGGGGGGAUAGUGGGGGUUUUGAACGGAGUCAUACAGACCACCUCCAGCCCUCACACAUACACACAUACAUCUGCACCGGGCACCAGCGCCGCUCUGCCCAUCUCCAGCUCCAUUAACAACAGGUUGGGUGCCUUGUCUGAACAGCAGAGGCUCUUACUGCACCAGCACCAACUACAGCAGCUACUCUCUUCACAGCCCUCUGCGGAACAGCAGCAGAUGUUGUUUUACCAGUUGAUGCAGCAACAACAGGACCUCCACCAACUUCAAUCUCUCUCCACCUCCUCCCAGCUUCCCUCCAUCCCUCUCUCUUCCACUCAGCUGCCCAUCACCUCCCUCCUUUCCUCCUCUCACGGCCAGGGCACCAUCACCGCCAACCCCUUCCUGGCACUGCACACACACUCACACCCCGAUACACACACACACGCCACUGCACAGAAACCCCGGCUGGCUGAAAAGGCUGUGGGCCUCACUGGACAGGAGAAGACCUGACCCACAAAACAGCUCUCUUGCUUUUUCUGUUGCGCAUUCUCUUUUUCUCUCUCUCCUCUAUCCAUCUCUCUCUCUAUCCAUCUCUCUAUCUCUCAGGGGUCUCCACCAUCAUAUGAACUCUGAUCAGUGCUGUGCUUUCAGCACACAAGCUAGCCCACAUAGAACUACAAUUACUACAAACUACAAAAAUAUCAGGACACUAACACAGCUGACUGAUGACUUAUAGCUCUGCUGGAGAGAUGAGGUCUGGGAACUAUGACAUUGUACAGUUUUAGGAGAGGCAGGAGUCCUGCACUGGACAUGUAACUGCUGUUACCUCUGUCUGUCUGAGCAUAAGACCUAACCAGCAUAAGACCUAACCAGAGACCACUCUCUAAUGUAAGACUGACUGACCGCUAUGAAAGCCUUGCUAUGACUGUCUUUUUCUGCUCUACCUACUUCACACCAGCCUAUCAGGGUCCGUAACCUUCAGCAUCGGCCAAUAGGAAUCCACAACAGUCAGAAAUGGCAAGUCAGGGUCCAUUCCCCAAGUGCCUAAGGCUGAGGGGGAGGGUUACUCAUGCUACUCGACCUGUCAGUCAUCCAUUCUCACCAUAUUACUGGCUGUCAAGCUGCGUUGACCAGGCAAAAGAUCACGCAACACAUUCUGAAAAGCUGGAAACCAGGAAAUGUAUUUUGCUGGGUUCACAAAAUACCGAAACCAACUUUAUGAAUUCUGUUUUUAUUUAUUUAGCAUUGCUUUAUGUUAUGGGUGCAGGAUGCUAUAUUUUAAAAGUACCCACUGUUCUUCAAGAAUUUGUUUUAUACUGCUGUUUAAAGUUUUUCACACAUCUUGCUGUAAACAUUUUUGAUGGGAAAAAAAGUUGUGUAUUGAGAAAGAUUGAACUACUGGCAAAUGGAGGUGGUUUGUGGUGGUGAUGGUGUACAUAACUGUUAUUGUCAGAAGAGGUGUGGGUUCAAUGCCACAGUUUUGACUUUGUGUAAAUAAAUAUAUAUUUUUCAUUGCCUGUGGGGUGUAAAUAAGUGAUUGUGAUUGGCAGUGUUGGUGUAAAGGAUAGCCAAUAAAGCCUAAUUUUGUGUGUGUAAAUCUUAGGACCAGACUACAGGCAAUGGUGACUGGACACAAAGUAUUAAUUUAUUUUUAUAUGUGCAGGGACAUUGUUUUGUUUUUAUUUGUUUUGCACCGUCAUUUUAUACUCCACUUCUGGGCACCAUGUUUCCAUCUGUGUUCACUUAGGUUUAGAUCAAUUUUGUACAACUGAAAAAUCAUAACCUCCUCAAAUGUUUGUAUUUCAAAACACCAAAAUAAUUCAAUGUUCUGGAUAAAUAAAGAGACCGACUGAUGGUAAAAAGACGAGGAGUCAGCGUAGCCAGUGGGACAACAUUAUUGGAGUGAGAAGAUGGUUAAAGCUUGAUUAACAGCUCUGUUUAAGUGCUUUUUGUCAACAGCAUUUUUACACUUUGGUUGAAUAAAGAACAGAUCUACCUCC